AUGGCUUCCUCACGUCCAAAGGGAGUAUUGCGCCAGGGCAAUUUCUCCAACCCCAAUCCUCCCACGCGUCACGGCUACACGUCCCUGCAGAAUCCAUCGGCCGAACAAUCAACAUCAGAGAGCAGCUGGGACCGACACGAUGGCCUCGACACUCCAUCUAGUGGAGAUGAAUCCUCCGACCAGAUCAAGAUGAUCCCUCUACCAGUGAAACAAAGCAGACUACAAGAUCCACAACCCUCGAGCGCUAAAGCAAACGAUCAAAACCCCACCCCAAUCGAUGUACCCGACGACGAGCGUGAUGUAUCGAAGCGCAUCAAAGAUCUCCUUGGAGCGGAUCGUGACUUGUUAGCCGAUUCUUUUGCUACGGAUUUAGAGGAUGGAAACCCAAGCAGAAACUCGUUGGCCCUCAGCGACCGGUACAGCGAAGACUAUGGUCUGCCAUCGGAUAAGGGCUUGCUAUUGAACCACGGAAAGAACGAAGGACACAAGGAGCGCUUCAACUGGAGAUCACUGUUUCGGCUGCAUUCGUGGUGGAGCGUUCUUGGCUUUUUCACAAUUGCGCUGGUGGUCGUGUGGCUUUCGAUCAGGGGUCUGCCCUGGUCAUCUACUACGGAAACCGUAGAUGAAUUCCGAGCGGUGCCUUGGUACCCUACUCCUCCUGGCGGAACGAACAAACAAUGGAAGGAAAGCUAUAUCAAGGCCCAAAAGAUAGUCGGGAAAAUGUCACUUCUUGAAAAAGUAAACGUGACAACUGGAACGGGAUGGCAGAUGGGACUUUGUGUUGGUAAUACCGGCCCUGCCGAACUCGUUAAAUUCCCUUCCCUCUGUCUCCAAGACGGCCCUCUCGGACUCAGAUUCGCACAAAACAUCACCGCGUUCCCUGCAGGGAUAACCACCGGCGCAACAUGGAACCGCGAGCUUAUGCGAAUGCGGGGGUUGGCCCUCGGACAGGAAGCACGACUGAAAGGCGUCAACGUCCUUCUCGGCCCUUCUAUGGGGCCAAUUGGCAUGAUGCCUGCUGGGGGUCGUAAUUGGGAAGCAUUUGGUUCGGAUCCAGUUUUGCAAGGCGUGGCGGCAGCGGAGACCAUUCGCGGUAUCCAAGAGAACGGGGUCAUGGCCACCGCCAAACACUUCAUUGGAAAUGAACAAGAGCAUUUCCGUCAGUCAUUUGAAUGGGGUACUCCGACUGCUCUCUCGUCAAAUAUUGAUGAUCGUGCUUUGCACGAGGUCUUUGCCUGGCCCUUCGCCGAGAGUAUACGUGCCGAUGUAGCCAGCAUCAUGUGCUCCUACCAGAUGAUCAAUAACAGCUAUGCCUGUGAGAACAGCAAACUAAUGAAUGGUAUCCUGAAAGAUGAGCUCGGAUUUCAAGGAUUCGUCCAAUCGGAUUGGCUGGCUCAGCGUUCGGGUGUUCAUAGCGCUAUUGGAGGCCUGGAUAUGAGCAUGCCCGGCGAUGGCCUCCAUUGGACUGACGGUAUCCCCCUCUGGGGAAGUGAAUUGACUCGUGCAGCACUGAACACAUCCGUUCCCAUGGAACGCUUGAAUGAUAUGGUCACUCGCAUCGUGGCCGCCUGGUACUAUCUCCGCCAGGACUCGUGGGAGCUACCCGCACCGGACGGAGAGGGUGGGCCGAACUUCUCAUCCUGGACGAAGGAACGCAUUGGAAAGUUGCACGAAGGCUCGCCAGAUAAUGACGCCAUUGGUGUGGUCAACAAGUUUGUCGACGCACAGGGAAACGGCAGCCACGCUCAUUCUAUUGUUGCUCGUCAGGUCGCUGCAGAAGGCACUGUGCUUUUGAAGAACGUCAACAAUACCCUCCCAUUGUCGCGCGAAGGUUCCAUCCCUAGUAGAAAAUACCGGGUUGGUGUAUAUGGGGAAGACGCAGGUCCUGGCAAAGGACCGAAUGUCUGUGCCGACCGAGGAUGCAAUCAAGGAACGUUGGCAUCAGGCUGGGGCAGUGGCGCUGUGGAUUUCCCAUAUCUGGUGAGUCCAUGGGAGGCACUGCAGCAUGCUUGGCCAAAGGAUUCGGUUGACGUUCAGCCUUACUUGACAAACAAUGUUGGGCCCGAUGAUCUCAAAGACCAAGAUCUGUGUUUGGUCUUUGUGAACGCAGAUGGUGGCGAAGGAUUCAUCCGCAGUGAUGGCAUUGAUGCCGAUCGAAAUGACCUGUUUCUACAAAAGAAUGGCACUCGGUUGGUAAAGGGUGUGGCAAAUCAUUGUGGUGGUGGCCAAGGGAAAACAGUGGUGAUCGUACACUCCAUUGGCCCCGUUGUGAUGGAGUCUUGGAUUGACCUUCCUGGUGUCCAUGCUGUACUGUAUGCCAAUCUUCCCGGCCAAGAAAGUGGCAAUGCUCUGGUGGAGGUCCUUUUUGGAGAUGUCGAUGCCAGCGGACGAUUGCCAUACACCAUCGGGCGAAGCCUGGAAGAUUACGGCCCAGGAGCGCAAGUGCUUUAUGAGCAUCCGGACCCGUCCGUUCCACAGGUCAAGCUCGAUCAGGGCCUGUAUAUCGAUUACCGUUAUUUCGACAAAUUCAACAUCACUCCCCGGUUCGAGUUUGGUUUCGGUCUGUCAUACACAACGUUCGAAUACUCCGCUCUCAGUAUCGAAAAACUGCAGCAAAAAUCUCGACUGCCUGCCAAACGCCCCGCUAAUGAGGUUGAACCUCCGACCUACGACCAUCACCCAGACCAUGCUUCCAGUGUCCUAUUCCCUCCAGGAUUCCGUGCUCUUCGCAAAUACAUAUAUCCCUACCUCACCUCCACCGAUGGCACUGAACCUGGUCCAUAUCAAUACCCCGAAGGAUACAACCAACCCCAAACUCCAUCUGCUGCAGGCGGCGGACCAGGUGGGAACCCAUCACUUUACGAACCCAUGCUUGAGCUCUCCAUAGAAGUCACAAACACCGGUAAGCGCGCAGGGCAAGAAGUGGUUCAGGUUUAUGUUUCCUUCCCAGAAAAUGUCGCCGAACAUCGUGGACUGGGCUGGGCCCGUGAGUCAAUCGAGUUCCCUGAUCGUGUGCUGCGAAACUUUUCCAAAAUCCUCCUGCAACCAGGCGAGAUUCAAAUUGUCAAAAUGAACUUGACUCGAAAGGACCUGAGUUAUUGGAGCGUUCGGGCGCAGAAUUGGGUUCUCCCUACAGAAGGCACAUUCCAUAUUUGGGCUGGACAUAGUUCUAGGGAUCUGCCACUGGUGGUUGAGUUUUGA